AACGGCACCGUAGUAUAUGGUAGCCAAAAUGAGUCCUUAAAGGAGACCGGAUCUCUCUUCUUCCUCUUUCCCAGUUGGCAGAAACCCUAAAACUUGCCUUUUUCUCUCAAAUCUCUCGUCCUCUCCUGCUCCGACAAUGGAGUUCUGGGGAGCUAAAGUUAAAGCCGGCAAGACUCUCAAAGUGAAGCCUGGUGAUAACUGUCUCAUCCACAUCUCUCAAGCUUCACUUGGCAAAGCGGAAAAGGGAGUAUCUGCUCUCUUGUAUGCCACCGUUGAUGACAAGAAACUCCUCCUCGGAACAGUCUCUCAAGACAUCAGCUUCGAUCAUCUCCUCUUUGACAGAGAAUUCGAGCUCUCCCACAGCUUGGACAGAGGAUACGUCCAUUUCAUUGGCCACCAGCGCAACAAGAAGAAGAGGAGGGCUAAUAAUGAAUCUUCCAAAGUGUCUGUGUCAGUCAAGAAGUCAAAACCCAACACAGAAAGAAGUUCUCUUGAAGAAUUAACCAAAGUUUGUCAAAGUUUAGUAGCUCUUCUCAAGUCCUUUCCGAGAAAGAAGGAUAUCCCUGCAAUUUUGAACAAAUGGGAGAGAACAAGAGACUCUAGAUGGCCAUUAAAAAGAGAUUCUUGGAGGGAUAAGCGACCGGAUAACAUUCCCCCACAGUAUGUUCAGAGUGAAGGUGAUUGCUGGGCCAUUGCUUUCUAUAGGCAAUGGUCCACAAGGGCGAAGUCAAAAGGAGCGUCUCGUCCAGAAUUAACACUGGAGAAACUCAAGAGUGGAGUUUCUUUCCGCUACCGGACUGGUGAUGGCCAAUUAGGGAAGUUAGAUGAUGCUGUGGAGUUCAUGAAAAAUGAACAUUAUGUGGAUGAAAUGUUUAUACACGUGAAGCCCUCGGGAGAUUCCGAAGAUGACAAGUUUGAGCGAUUAAUUGAACAUCUUCUGAUAGAUGGACCAGUGGCCGUAUCAUUUGAUUAUUUCCCAAGUUACCGUACUAGCGAAGGAAGGAUUCUAUCUCCAACGUUGACCGAGCGCCUUAGAAAUUCCUACGAACAUACUGCUGGUAAGCAUGUUGGGUUGUUGAUGGGUAGUGGGAUUGAGUUAGUCGAUGGAGAACCUAAACACUUCUGGGAUAUUUACGAAUCUCGUGGGUCGGCAUAUAGAGAUUGUGGGUUUGAUAAAUUGGCUCGCCAUGAGGGGCUAAUCCUAGAAGCCACCGAGAUGAGGCUCUAAUCAUAGCAGGUCGACGGUGAAGUUCCUUAACUGAUCGACGGUGACGAUCUUAUAACUUAUCGACCGUGAAGUUAUCUAUUUCAGACUGGAAGGACUCAGCCUACUUAUCUUAUUGAAUAUAUUCGGUUAACUACGUUUUAGUUGUUCAAUUGUUCUAAUUAGUUAAACUUAGUUACCUUCUGCCUUCUACUAGUAGUUCUUUUAAUUAAUCAGCUUGAAUAACAUAGAAAGUUACAAAUUCAUGAGUGUUUUAUCAUGUAA